CAGCCCUGCAGACGCUCGAAAUAGAGAAGCGCGAGUUCUGGAGCCCGGGAAGGGGAUGAGAGGGCACGGGAGACACUACGGCUGUUAUCCGGACAUAUCCCCGCGAUGAGGCACACCCCAGUCCAGCGCCACCUGCCGCCUUUCUCCCCCCACUGCCUGGCAAGAGGCAAGAAUGAGAAACUGUUUUAUACAGGAGGGGAUGAGAUUUGGGAUGAAGAGGAGGAGGAGGAGGAGGAGGAAGGCCUCAGGAGAGCAUGCACCCCCCCUCCCAGGCAGCAGCGCAGGGGUCGGAGGCAGAGGUUACGCAACCUGCGCUAUCUAUACUGGGGUCUGUACAAGCGCUCCGCCAUGUUGCCUUUGCAGUGGAAACUGUGGGGAGGCCUCGGCGGGAGGAGGAGAAGAUUAUGGAGGAAAGUGCGGGAAGGUGGCGGCUGUUCCGUGGGGGUGGAGCUGGACAAAUCACAUGGCCUGGGAGCUGAAGAAGUUGCUUCAGUGGCCAAUCACGUUGCAGACGGAGAGACAGAUUCCCCCCACGGACUGCCAAAUGGAUUCUCAGAGUCCGACCCCAUCCUCAUCACAAAUGUGUGCAGCAUCGGGAACCAGGAGACUCCGGCCAUCAAUGGGCCCCAUCCCCAGGAAGAACUGACCCCACCCCCAGAGAAGGAGGCUCCACCCAUUGUCACCCUGACUCAGGAGCACGUGACCUGUGUGCAAAGUAUCCUGGACCAGUUCCUGCAGACGUACGGCAGCCUCAUACCCCUCGGGACAGAAGAGGUUUUGGAGAAGCUGGAGGACGUGUUCCAGGAGCCCUUUACUACCCCCGCCAGGAGGACUGUGGUGCAACAUGUGAUCCAGUCGUACCAGCGGCAUCCUGGAAACGCAAUGUUACGGGGAUUCCGUGUAACCUACAAGCGCCAUGUGUUAAGUAUGGACGACCUGGGCACUCUCUAUGGCCAGAACUGGCUCAAUGACCAGGUAAUGAACAUGUAUGGAGAUUUAGUUAUGGAUGCCGUGCCAGACAAGGUUCAUUUCUUCAACAGUUUCUUUUACGAUAAACUGCGAACGAAAGGCUAUGAAGGGGUUAAGAGGUGGACGAAAAACGUGGAUAUCUUUAACAAACAGUUGCUCCUUAUCCCCAUACAUCUCGAGGUCCACUGGUCUCUUGUCUGUGUUGAUGUACCGAACCGGACCAUCACUUACUUUGAUUCCCAACGCACUCUCAACAGACGCUGUCCAAAGCACAUAGCCAAAUACCUCCAGGCUGAGGCAGUUAAGAAGGACCGGCCUGAAUACGUCAGCGGCUGGACAGGAUUGUUCAAGAUGAAUGUUGCGAGACAGAACAAUGAUAGCGACUGUGGGGCAUUCGUAUUGCAGUACUGUAAGUUCCUCGCCCUCGGACUCCCGUUUACGUUCGGGCAGCAGGACAUGCCCAAGCUGCGGCGGCAGAUCUACAAGGAGCUGUGCCACUGCAAGCUGGCGGUGUGAGGCCACGUGUCUUCUGACGUGGGACAUUUACAUUAUUGUAGGGGACUCUGCUGAGCCUUUGUACUUGCUGCGCCGAGCCUCGUCUUUGUCCCCUUACUGGAGGACUGUACUACCUGUUUACCCCCGUGGGUGCCUCGCCCACCUGUACAUUGAAGGAUUCUGUGGAUCAAUUCCAGGGGGGUCUCUGCCCCGCCGCCCUUUUUGCUGGUGGAUCGUCUUUCCUCGUCCUUCGUGUCCCUCACACAAUAUUCCCCCCCCCCCAAAACACUUAAUUCUUUGCAUACAUUUUUUUUUUACACUGUUCAUUUCUUAUUUAAAUGUUUUCUGGGACAAAUUUGUAGUUUUUUCUUGGUCAAAAAAUAAAAUGUAAAAAACCAGCUGAAUAAAAAGUUGUCUAGUAA